UGUGUAAACGUUUUGUGUUUGGGAAAGAACAUAGGUAUUUCAUUCGCGUGUAAAUUAGUUAUUUUAAUUUAUAAUUACUCCAUUAAAAUAUAAAUGUAACCUUAAGUUUGUAGUGUUUGUGAUUUUUAUGAACUAGUUAAAAGUGCUAAUCAAAUCAAUGACGAAGCUACUCAGUGACAAGCGUUACGAAGUUUAGACCCUGAUUUCUUGAGUGUUGAAUGACUAUACCGGAGUAAACAGAAGGUGAAUCAUUGCUAAUACCGAGGAUUCCUUGAAUCUAAUAGUUUCUCUUGGAGUCCAAAUCUCCGGCAUCGUAAAAGCCUACACUGGCGCAACAUUUGAAUGCACAUUGUGACGUAACACCGUAAACAAUAGUGUUAUGGCGCGGGCGUGAGUCGAGAUGUGGCCGAAGGUUGUGGCGGUCUUGGGGCUCGUGGCGGUGGCCAGCGCCAUCCUUGAGGGCCCCAAUGUCUGCAUGAGAAAUGAACCAUAUACAACGAAAGUGCGCGUAACCGAACAACAGCCGUACCAGGAGAAAGAAUACUCCUGGUGCUUCAACGUCCCACCACGAUGUUCCAAAUACCGAGUCAAGUUCCGAACAGUGUACAAGACACAGAUCCUUGUGAAGUACCGGCCGGUUGAGGAAUGCUGCGCGGGAUUUGCUCCGGAUACGAACGGGGAGCAAUGCGUGCCUGUGUGCGUGGAUAAGUGCGUGCAGGGGAAAUGUGUCGCGCCGAAUACGUGCGCGUGCGAUCAUGGGUACGGGGGACCGGCUUGCGAUAUAUCCUGCCCAAAAGGCAAAUGGGGCCGCAACUGCCAGAACUCGUGCCAAUGCCUGAACGGCGGUACGUGCGAGCCGUUAACCGGCGAAUGUGCCUGCGCGCCGGGUUGGCGAGGCGAGGCCUGCGAGAAGGCCUGUGCGGCGCCGACGUUUGGCGACAACUGUAUAGAGACGUGUCAAUGCAAGAAUGGUACUUGUGAUGCGGCGAGCGGGGCUUGCGAGUGUGUGCCAGGCUUUACGGGGCCGCUGUGCGAGGAACGCUGUCCAGCUCAAGUGGCCUGCCCUCAAGGCUGCCGAUGCCAAAAUGGCGGAAAAUGUCAUCCACUCUCAGGAGAAUGCGAUUGCGCGCCCGGCUGGAGCGGUGAGGUCUGCGCUAACAGAUGUCCAUCUGGAAAAUGGGGAGAGAAGUGCGAGCGGAGCUGCGAGUGCGCCAACGGCGCUAGUUGUCACCACGUCACCGGACAUUGUCACUGCGAGGCCGGCUAUACUGGGGAAAAGUGCAUGGAGACCUGCAAGCCUGGCACGUACGGCGUGGACUGCAACAGAACAUGCGAAUGUCUCCACGGCGGCGAAUGUUCGCCAAAAGACGGUUCGUGUACUUGCAAACCUGGUUGGAAGGGCGCACAUUGUGAACUGCGCGCUUGCCCUGACGGCAAGUACGGAAAGAUGUGCGAUAAGGACUGCGAGUGUGAACCAGCUAAUACAGACUUAUGUGACCCGUGGACCGGCGCGUGCGACUGUGCAGCCGGUUGGGACGGCGAGACUUGCUCGCGGCAGUGCGCGCUCCUAACGUUCGGCAAAGGUUGCCGAUCCAGCUGCCGAUGCGAGAACAGCGGUCUCUGCUCGCCUGUCAAUGGUUCAUGUCUCUGCGCGCCCGGCUACCACGGCAUCCGUUGCCAGGAACUCUGCCAGUUCCCCUACUACGGCGACAACUGCCGCGACACGUGCGACUGCGCCAACAACGCCACGUGCUCCCACGAGACCGGCCAGUGCAAGUGUCCGCCCGGGUAUGACGGAUUGAAAUGUGACCGUCCAUGCGACGGAAAGAAAUACGGAUUGAAGUGCCUACAAGAGUGCCAAUGUGAGAACAACGCGCCCUGCAACCCCGUCAACGGCGAAUGUAUCUGCGGGCCAGGCUACACAGGCGAGAAGUGUGAACACACUUGUCCACCACACUAUUUCGGUCAAGACUGUCGGUCGCCUUGCAACUGUGGGGAUAACGCCCGUGGCUGCGACCACGUUACCGGACGAUGCCAGUGCGAGACUAGUUGGCGAGGUCUCACUAGGAAACUAGGUAUUCGUUGCGAGACGCAAUGCGAGCAAGGUUUCUUCGGCGACGGCUGCUCAGAGCGAUGUCCUUGCGUCAACAACUCCUCCUGCGAUGCCGAUACGGGCCGGUGUGAAUGCUCUGCUGGCUGGACUGGAGUUAACUGCACACAGCCAUGUUCUCCUGGUACCUACGGAGCUGGCUGCUCGCAGCGAUGCGCCCCUGGGCCGCCUGGUGGUAACACAACAUGUGACCCAGUGACAGGCGUGUACGCUUGUCCCAGCGGUUACACGGGUGCGGCCUGCGAAUACCCGUGUCCACUCGGCACUUUUGGCCUCAACUGCCAGGAGAAGUGCGCUUGCAAGAACGGUGCCGACUGUCACCAUGUCACUGGCUUGUGCCAGUGCCCGCCGGGCUGGCUUGGGCGGGCGUGCGACGAGGCGUGCCCGGCGGGCUGGUGGGGCGGCGAGUGCUCGCAGCCGUGCCGCUGCGCCGCCGCCGCCGCCUGCCGCCCCAACGACGGCUACUGCCGCUGCCCGCCCGGCUACACCGGCGCCUACUGCACGCAGUUUUGCCCCGAAGGCUAUUUCGGCGACCACUGCAUGGAGCCCUGCAUGUGUCCCGAGGGCAACUGGGACUGCCACCCGGUGCGCGGCUGCGUGUGCCGCCGCGGGUUCAUCGGCGACAGCUGCGACACGCACGCCUCGGACGCCAUAGUGGUGGACAAGGCCGAGGUCUGCCCCGAGGGCAACUGGGACUGCCACCCGGUGCGCGGCUGCGGGUUCAACGAUGACAGCUGCGACACGCACGCCUCGGACGCCAUAGUGGUGGACAAGGCCGAGGUCUGCCCCGAGGGCAACUGGGACUGCCACCCGGUGCGCGGCUGCGUGUGCCGCCGCGGGUUCAUCGGCGACAGCUGCGACACGCACGCCUCGGACGCCAUAGUGGUGGACCACGCCGAGGGUAUGUAUCAUGUACCCUGUCACAGCCUGCCCCGAGGCAACUGGGACUGCCACCCGGUGCGCGGCUGCGUGUGCCGCCGCGGUUUCAUAGGCGACAGCUGCGACACGCACGCCUCGGACGCCAUAGUGGUGGACCACGCCGAGGGUAUGUAUCAUGUACCCUGUCACAGCCUGCCCCGAGGCAACUGGGACUGCCACCCGGUGCGCGGCUGCGUGUGCCGCCGCGGGUUCAUCGGCGACAUCUGCGACACGCACGCCUCGGACGCCAUAUUGGUCGACAAGGCCGAGGGUAUGUAUCAUGUACCCUGUCACAGCCUGCCCCGAGGCAACUGGGACUGCCACCCGGUGCGCGGCUGCGUGUGCCGCCGCGGUUUCAUAGGCGACAGCUGCGACACGCACGCCUCGGACGCCAUAGUGGUGGACCACGCCGAGGGUAUGUAUCAUGUACCCUGUCACAGCCUGCCCCGAGGCAACUGGGACUGCCACCCGGUGCGCGGCUGCGUGUGCCGCCGCGGGUUCAUCGGCGACAGCUGCGACACGCACGCCUCGGACGCCAUAUUGGUCGACAAGGCCGAGGGUAUGUAUCAUGUACCCUGUCACAGCCUGCCCCGAGGCAACUGGGACUGCCACCCGGUGCGCGGCUGCGUGUGCCGCCGCGGUUUCAUAGGCGACAGCUGCGACACGCACGCCUCGGACGCCAUAGUGGUGGACCACGCCGAGGGUAUGUAUCAUGUACCCUGUCACAGCCUGCCCCGAGGCAACUGGGACUGCCACCCGGUGCGCGGCUGCGUGUGCCGCCGCGGGUUCAUCGGCGACAGCUGCGACACGCACGCCUCGGACGCCAUAGUGGUGGACCACGCCGAGGGCAACUGGGACUGCCACCCGGUGCGCGGCUGCGUGUGCCGCCGCGGUUUCAUAGGCGACAGCUGCGACACGCACGCCUCGGACGCCAUAGUGGUGGACCACGCCGAGGGUAUGUAUCAUGUACCCUGUCACAGCCUGCCCCGAGGCAACUGGGACUGCCACCCGGUGCGCGGCUGCGUGUGCCGCCGCGGGUUCAUCGGCGACAGCUGCGACACGCACGCCUCGGACGCCAUAUUGGUCGACAAGGCCGAGGGUAUGUAUCAUGUACCCUGUCACAGCCUGCCCCGAGGCAACUGGGACUGCCACCCGGUGCGCGGCUGCGUGUGCCGCCGCGGUUUCAUAGGCGACAGCUGCGACACGUACGCCUCGGACGCCAUAUUGGUCGACAAGGCCGAGGGUAUGUAUCAUGUACCCUGUCACAGCCUGCCCCGAGGCAACUGGGACUGCCACCCGGUGCGCGGCUGCGUGUGCCGCCGCGGUUUCAUAGGCGACAGCUGCGACACGCACGCCUCGGACGCCAUAGUGGUGGACCACGCCGAGGGUAUGUAUCAUGUACCCUGUCACAGCCUGCCCCGAGGCAACUGGGACUGCCACCCGGUGCGCGGCUGCGUGUGCCGCCGCGGGUUCAUCGGCGACAGCUGCGACACGCACGCCUCGGACGCCAUAGUGGUGGACCACGCCGAGGUAGGAGGCAGCAACGCAGGCCUAACAGCGACGAUGGUCAUCCUAUUGCUACUAUGCUUGGCCGCCGCGGCCCUUAUGCUGUUCUACUACCGCAAGCGAGUCAAGAACCUCAAGCGGGAAAUAGCUCAUGUUCACUACACCGCAGAUCCCGCCACACAACCUGAGCAACACUUCGACAACCCCGUCUACUCGUACCAAGGCUCAACUCGUAGCGAUGAGACUACGCUCUUGAACAACGCCAACCACAUCCACAACAACCUUAGCAAGCUCAGCAACACCACUAUGGAGAAACUACGGAACCGACCCACUGGGUCUACUGAUCGUAAGUACUGACUCUAACAUUUCGACAACCCCGUCUACUCGUACCAAGGCUCAACUCGCAGCGAUGAGACUACGCUCUUGAACAACGCCAACCACAUCCACAACAACCUUAGCAAGCUCAGCAACACCACUAUGGAGAAACUACGGAACCGACCCACUGGGUCUACUGAUCCGUAUGACCCGCUGUCGUGUAUCAAGAAUAAGGACGCGGACCUUACGAACCCGAACCUGUACCACUGCAUUGAUGACAACAAGCUGGAUCACGUGUACGAUGAGAUCAAGCACAAAGAGGGAUACGAAAUGGAAUACGACCACCUAAAUUACACGCCACCAGCCAACAAAUGGAAGCCGCACUAUCAGCGCAUGGCCAACGGUUUCACACCUUCACCUUCAGCCACAUCCAGCGCCACACCAAGCGAGGUUUCCGUACCGCCCAUCCCACCUUUACCAAAACUUAACGUCGCCCACGUGUCCCCCGUAGCGCGCCCCCCCGCAGCGCGCCCCCCCGUGGCCCCCGUGGCCCCCGUGGCCCCCGUGAGUGCCGUGAGUUCUGCACCGCCCGGGAGUACCGGGGCCCCCGCAGCCCCCUCGAGUGCCGCGGCCGCGAGUGCGGGGCCCCCCGCGCUGACGCCGCCGGUGCCGCCGCCGCGCGACACCGUCAUUGAGGACGUCGAGUCGCCAUGACACGAUGAGUGGGUGAGACUGUUUGACUCCGUUAUGGGUGAAUAAGUUUGCCGGGAGACCGUUGCAUAACCGCGUAUACAUCGCGAAGCAUCAUUGCGAGAUAUACGAAGAAAUAUCGAUCACAGUUGUUAUGCGAUAAUCAUACGUAACAUGGAUAGUUGAAUAUCUCACCCGUUUCCCGUGUCACAAUGUUAGUAAAGAACUGUAUAACGUAAGUGAUCUCCUGUUUUUAAAUGAAUUCAUAAAUUUAUUACGUCUACUGCGUUAAAGAAAUAAUAUAACGUAAGUCUUAGGAUAAGGGUUGUGGCGGAACUUUAUUAUUUACGUAUAUUCAUCAUUAAACCGAAAUCAGAGAAUGUAUUUACAAUCGAAAUUUAAAAUCAAAAUAUUUCACAUUUAAUGAAAUAUUAUUUAUCGGCAUCUCAAGUGUUUUAACAUGUCUGUUUUACUGUUAUAAAAUAACGAAAAUAUUUUUUUAUUUAGUAGGGAAUGUUUUAAUUUGAUAUCAUUACUUUUAAGUAGAUAAAAACUGCCCAUCGCUUUAAUUUCAUAUCUAAAGAUUGCGCAUUGAUAUUUACACUACCAUAUUCAUUGUAGAUUAAGAAAACUUUAACUCGUUUAAUUCAUUCUAUUGGUACCGCCUAAUCAUGUUUUUGUUAUAUACCUAAUUAUAUACAAAUCAAUAAAUGUAACCUAUUAUUUAGGUUCUACAGAAAGUAUUUGUAUCGUCUAAAACAAGGAAGAGUACGAAAAACAAAAUUUUACAUCGGUAGCUAAUGUAAAAAAAUUGGUGGCUGUAUUAAUAGUAGAUUGUACAACAAGGGCAUAAAGUGACCCAUGUUUACCCGAGGCAAUUUUUUGGUCUGAGCGAAGCGAAGACCAAAAUAGUAGACGAGGGUAAAAAUUGACAUUUAUGCCCUUGUACUCUGCUUUUCACUUCGAUUGCGAGGAAAUUAUAUUUUUCACGGCAAUUUACACCACGAAAUUGUCGUAAAGCGAAAGAACAUAAUACAAUAUACAUAACCAAUUCCCGCCAACUAACUUUUUAAUUAUUUUUUUUUAAUUUUCAACAUGUGAUCAGAGUUUCAGACGCUUGGUUUUCUGCCAAGUCAAACAUUUCGGAGCAUUUUUGAACGAUAAUCGACUCCUAUUUUAUGUGAUUUACUAAAUUUAAUGACAGAAAAUACGGAUUUCUAAUAAAUUGUAGCAAAAAUAAAAUAAUAUAACAAGUUUUGUCAUCUACACAAUUUUAUUGCUCAGUAAAAUUGUGCAAUAUGUUUUAACUGUUUGGCUGUUGAGACCGAUUACCUUAGUCUUAGAAGAAAAUUUUACUUUUAUGCUCUAGAGCAUAAAAUGCGAUUUUAUGUCGUCUACGCACGACAUAAAGGUGCACUUUUUGAGCAUGAGAAGUGAAAAUGUUAUUUUAUCAUGUCACCAUGUUAAAUCAAAUAUGGUACAAAACAUAUGGUACGUACGUAGUGUAUUUAACAGUGGCCAAGUAAAGUUUCGUACAAGGCCAGUAGUUCAAAUAGUACUGUUGCUCAAUAUCGAUAUAAUUAUACUAUAACAUUAUUCAAGCAACAGUAAUACGAAAACUUCCGUUAAUAAACGUCACUAUUACGUCACUUGUAUCAAUAUACGAAAAGUUAUUAACAUAUAAAUAUUACAAAAUAAAUGAACUAUUGUAAUUGUAUUGAAACGUAAUUUAUACGACGAUUACUUAUGGUUUGGGAUAGACACAAGUUUUUCAAUUUCAUUUUCUACCUUAAUACGAUAAUCAUAAAGUCUAUUCUAGAACCAAAAUACUUAUAAGUAUGUACAAAAGUUUGUAUGGUGUGAUUUUUAUUAACAUAUUAACAACACACAUUUUGCCUGUUGAAUGGCUGCAAACUUUCGUCAGCGAAAUAUUAAGUAAAGAGGUGCAUGAAUAUUUUAGGAAAUAAAAAUGUUGCUUCAACAAGUAAACAUUUAAUUAAAAUAAAAAACCGCCAUAUCAAAUUUAUUGUUGGAAAGACCGUCAUACGGCAAGAGCUCUCAUAUUCGUAUACCUAAACUUCACUCCUGCUCUAUCGACCUUUUGUGAGUGGAGUAUAUGUACAAAAGUGAAAAGCUUCGAAAGAGCCUGUAGACGGUCUUUCUCUACCUAUAGACGGUCUUCGCCACAUAGACCUUAGGUAGCAUUUAAACUAAAAGUAAUCGUCUAAUGAUAUUGCUUCUUCACGUACCGUGUGACGCUUCGUGAAAAGCAAUAACCCUAGUGAUAUCCUAUAGUAUUAUAAGCUGUAAUAUUCUCACCGUGGAUGCACUUGUUACAUUCCACAUGUGUUUAUACUUUGUUUUUAAUCAUUUUACAGUUUAAUAUUUUAUAAUACUUAUAUCUUAUUUAUAAAAUUAAAAAUCAAGAUUUAUUUUUAUCCUAAAGUUAAUUUUGUCUUAUGAAUCGAUAUCAUGUAAAUGUAAUUUAUAACACAUAUCUUGUAAGCCCUAUACGUGUAUCUUUAUUGUGAAUUUCAUGUUAAAUAAUUCAAACUUUACUCUGUUAUGAACUGUUUUUAAUAAGCUAACGAAAAAAUACGAUGAAUUUAACGGAGUAAAAAUUAAGAGUAGAGUUGUACUACUAUCUUACCACACUUAUGUACAAAUGGGAAUAUUAUAAUUUUGUAUUCAUCUUUCAUUGCACUAGGUUGUAAAAGUGUAAACAUAUGCGUAUUCUCAUUUUCCGUAAAGUUGUUUACUCUGAGUAUUCAAUUUUAUACUUUAUUUCAAUGGCAUAAAGUAACAAAUGAAAUAAUGCUAUCUUUGGUAAAGAUGUUUUUUUACUGUACAAGGUGCGUAGUGUGGUAGGUCUGUGAUUUAAGCAAGUUAUUUAGGUACGCAUGUUAGAUACUAAGGAUGAGUGAUGUUUGCUCAAAAAGUGCCAAUUUGUAAGUUGUGUAAGGUUUAGGUGUAAAGUUAAUUGACAAGGAAUCUCUGCAUUUCAUUCAAAUUGGGCUUUUUAAAUUGAAAACCGUAUUAAAAACUACAAUUAUGCUAGUUUUAAAACUCGUCUGUAUAUCAUGUCACAAUAACUUAUCAUAUCUAAUCUACCAAAAAGGCAUUUACUCACCAAUAUUGAUAAUAAGUAUGUAUGUAUACCAUAAUUGUAACUUUUUCCAUAACAAACAAUCAAUGCUCUAGGAUGUAUGACAUAUCUUUCGUUGGAACUAUAGUUAAUAAAGUAUAAAAAACCACCUGACUGUCAUACAUCUAAACCUACCUACCUUUAAAUAUGUAAAAACCGACUAGUGCGGUUUGUAACACAUCUGAAGCCGGUUGUGGGUCUGUGGCAUUCAGAUACCUAUCGAAUGAUAAGUUGAUUCAAGCUAGGAUUUUUUUUUCUUGGCCUGUUGUGUCCCACUGCUGCAUGGGCAAAGGCCUCCCUCUCUUUCUUCCACGCGUCUUGUUCUAUGGUAAUAUUAGGCCAAUCUUUCCGAAAGACGUCAAGAUCGUGCCGCCACCUCCUUCUAGGUCUGCCGUGACGCCGCACUAUAUUUAGUGUCCACUCGGUAGUUUUCUUGGCCCACAAGUAAUUUGGCAUACAGCAGAUGUGUCCGGCCCAGUCCCAUUUAAGCUUGGCAUCUAGCUAUCCUUUAAUUAGUAAUAAAUGUAAUAAUUUAAAUCAUGCAUUAAACCUUGUCUGAAUGCUCGAAGGUUGAAAUUGGGCUGUAACCGCGCGCAUCAGUUGACGUCUUUAGCGGUCAAAGGAUUAACUGACCACCGAUGAACCUUAUGUGUUUGUAAUAAGGCUUACAACUUAUCAAUUAACUCCAUCUACCCAUUCUCUGAAUAUUGUGUCUGAGCUUUAGCUAUUAGUCACGUUGCGUUCCCUAGCAUUGCGACAGCUUGGAUUGUUUCGGCCUUAUCGGGAGCCCUUCUUCAGGCGCUAUACUCGUAUGCUAUCACGACAGGGUUCACCUUAAAGGCCAGAGCACACCGGCUGCGUGUGCUUAGACGUGCACGUAAGAAUCGUGCGUACACGUCACGUACAUGUUUACAACGCGCACGUGCAUGUUUACGCUCACGCAUCUGGUGUGCACAGGACUUAACUUUAAAUGUAUUUUGCCUACAGUUGCUAUUAAUGCAGGAGUUAAACCAUUUUCAACAAAUUAAUUAUAAAAAAUAUAUAAGUAAUAUAAGAGCGUAAAAACAUGAAAAGUAAACGUGGGGCGAUUGUGUUGCGAGGGCUAUGGGAAUUGUCAGUUUAUGUAGUGUACAAAUCAACUGACAAUAAUUUAUUUUGUAAAUGUUUACAUUGUAGUUAAACCUAAGGAAAUUUUAAUGAGAAAUAUCGAGCCACUUUAUCUUUGGCACUUAUA